AAUCCAUCUCUUCUUCUCUGUCUUUUUUCAUAUAAAUAACCCAUUUCUCAGCUCACUUUUCAAAACAGAGCAUCAUCUAUGGAAACCCACUUGCAUGCGCUGCUUUUCUUGCUAAAUCUCAUUAUCUUAAUCACCAUUUACACUGCUCAUGCUAAACAAAGUAGCUCGGCCGUAGGAGACCCAGGAAUGAGAAGAGAUGAGCUCAGAGUAGCCUUCGAAGCUUGGAAUUUCUGCAAUGAAGUUGGCCAUGAAGCUCCUUCCAUGGGUAGCCCUCGAGCUGCUGACUGCUUUCAUCUCUCAAGUAAGCACCGCCACCAUCACCAUAAGAAAAAACAAACAUUUUCCAAAAGUGAUAAUACUACAGUGAAACAUAAGGUGUUAGAAGCUGACAACAAACUAGGAGUAGGCAAACAGUUUCCAGGCUUACCACCACAAGCUUUAAACAAUGCAGACCUCUAUGCAUCUCAAAAGGAGCUUUAUCUUGGUUCUUUAUGUCAAGUUGAAGAACAGAAUACUCAAAAUCCAUGGCAAUUUUGGAUGGUUAUGCUUAAGAAUGGCAAUUAUGAUACCAAAUCUGGUUUGUGUCCAGAGAAUGGGAAGAAGGUACCGCCUUUUAACCCGGGAAGGUUUCCUUGCUUUGGAACUGGGUGUAUGAACCAACCUAUAUUGAAUCAUCAGCCGACUCAGCUUUUAGAUGGUGGGAUUUUGAGAGGGAGUUUUAAUGGAACUUAUGAUUUGGGUGGUGGAGUUGAUGGAAUUUCUUACUAUGAGGUGGUUUGGGUGAAAAAAAUUGGAGUUGGGAGUUGGGUUUUUAGUCAUAAACUUAGGACUUCUAAGAAGUAUCCUUGGCUUAUGUUGUACCUUAGAGCUGAUGCAACUAAAGGAUUCUCUGGUGGGUAUCACUAUGAUACAAGAGGCAUGCUUCAAAUUCUUCCGGAGUCGCCCAAUUUCAAGGUCAAAGUGACAUUGGAUGUCAAACAAGGGGGAGGACCGAAGAGCCAAUUCUACUUAAUCGAUAUCGGUAGCUGCUGGAAGAACAACGGUGAUCCUUGCGAUGGAGAUGUCCUCACUGAUGUAACCAGAUAUAGUGAGAUGAUCAUCAAUCCUGCAACUCCUGCUUGGUGCAGCCCGACAGGUCUUGUGAGCUGCCCGCCAUACCACAUUACUCCAAACAACACAAAAAUCUACAGAAAUGAUACAGCCAACUUCCCUUAUGGGGCUUAUCACUAUUAUUGUGCUCCCGGAAAUGCCAAAUUUUUGGAGAAACCUGUGAGUACUUGCGAUCCUUAUAGUAACCCGCAGGCACAAGAGCUAGUUCAGUUGUUGCCUCAUCCAAUAUGGGCUGAAUAUGGUUAUCCAACGAAACAAGGAGAUGGUUGGAUUGGAGAUGCCAGAACAUGGGAGCUUAAUACCGGCGGUCUCGCUAGUAGACUCUACUUUUACCAGGAUCCUGGUACCCGUCCUGCUAGAAGAAUUUGGACAUCAAUUGAUAUGGGUACUGAAAUUUUCGUUAGCGACAAAGACGAGGUGGCAGAGUGGAAUAUCAGCGACUUUGAUGUCAUCCUCACAUAGUUUGAAACUUCAUCUGUCAAAUUUAUUUGUCUGAACUUUUAUUUCUCCCCGGAAAAGCUUCAAAAGUAUGUCCGGCGGAGGCUCAUAUAUAUGUGAUAAUGCUAAUACAAGAAAGCUGGGAUUAGAGUUGCCGAACAUGUCCGCAAGGACAGGCACCCUAAACCUAGAGAAUCAACUGUGUAGUCCAAUUUCAUUCUUAAAUCUCAAUGAAGUUCUUAAUAGUUUUUCUUGCA